CCUUUUCUUAUCAACUCUUUAUGGUUGAAUUAGCUAUGUGGGAUUUCCUCAGAGUUCUUAAUGAGGGGUGUAGUCGCUGGUAUGAAAGUUUUGCUUCCAGCACAGGUCAUGAAUUAUUAGAUCCCUGACACAACCUGUCCAGCACAAACCUGAACCACACCUGUAAAAGCUUCCUUGUAAUUAAUCUGAAAGUAAAAGUUUGAUUCACAUAGUUCUAUCAUUGCAAUUUUCCCAAAGGACGGGUAGAGACGGAUUUGGACAGUAGACAGCUGAAGGAGGGCAAACAUGAAUGGCAACACUGAAGAAAGUGAAGGUGGAUCAGGUGGAGGAUGGAAGUCUGUUCUCAGCAUGGCAGCAGCAUUUGGUGGUAUGACUGCUGUGGCUCUUUUAGACCGGUGGAUUACAGCCAAGGAAGAGAAGAACAUGACAACAGUAGAUGAGCUGGAGAAACUGCUGGUGGAAAGACAACAUCUCUUCUGCAGCACAUGGACCUCAAAAUCUACCCUGGAGGGGGCGGGGCUUCACUCGCUAGCUCUCGCUGGUCACUGCAGCCCCGGCUGUGUUGUUGUUCAGCCCGCAGCGAAGCCAUCAGCUGGCAGGGAACGUGAAGAUGCGGCCGGGCCGAUAGGCAGAGCUACAGUCGCUCUGCUAACCACUGUCCCGGUUCUGUGAAGUGUCUCGCAUCGACCCGGUGUAGCUGCCAGCCGUCGGGCCUCUCGUCCUCGGCACUGUCUUGGAGGACGGCUCCGCUGGAUUGGCCGUAUAGCUCCGUUAGCAUGUGGCGGCUAAUCGGCCACCGUUAUUACCGUUAGACUGCUCAGCCCCCACUCAGGCUGGUAGUUUGCCGAUAAAGCUGUGUCGAAGUUUCAGACUAAAGCGGGCCUUUUUUUGUCGAGUGUUUUAUCCGAAUUCAUGCCUGUGCGUGUUGGAGACGGUGGAGCUUGCGCCUGUAAUGAAGCGUUUGGCGAACUGGUCGAUUUUCUGCUAACAGCUAGCGAGAUAACCGUUAGCUAAAGCUAAGGGGGGCUCAGCUGUCUUUGUUUCCAUCCGCAAACAGUUUAUGAUGUGAGAACUUAGCUGCGACUGUUAGCACGGUUAGCAAUUAGGUAGGACGACUCCCACACCAUGUAUCAAAUGAGUACCUGGUAGAUAAUCGGGGUCUUGGUCAGAUUGUUUUACGGUCGGCGGACAUGCUGCGUUUAGUUCAGUGACCUUGGACACAUCAUCUGCAUCAGAUUCUUCAGAAAUAAGCCCAGCAGCUGGUGGAGGCAUCAGGGUUAUUAUGGCCCUCAGAGCAGGCUGCAGGCAAUGGGUCGUCUAUCUGCUCAUCCUAUCAGGAUGCAUUGCUGCCUCUCUGAAGAACGACAACGUCUAUGUGUCUGGGUUUUCUAAUGCCUGCGGCGAUGUGGCGGAGCUGCUGCGGGCGUCCAGCGGCGUCAUCACCAGCCCCGGGUGGCCCUUCCAGUACCCGGCCAGACUGAACUGCAGCUGGAACAUCAGAGCGCGACCCGGAGACUCCAUCACCAUCAGUUUCCAGGACUUCGACCUGCAGGGUUCACACCGUUGCAGCUCAGACUGGAUGUCGGUCAGCAGCUACCGGAGCCUGGAUGGCCUGCGGGUUUGUGGGUCCUCCCUGCCGCCCCCUUACAUCUCCUCCCAGGACCACGUCUGGAUCCACUUCCACUCUGACGACAGCCUGACGGGGAAAGGGUUCAGACUGUCCUACAUCACUGGAAAGCCGGAGGCGUCCAGUUGUGAUGUGGACCAGUUCCACUGCUCCAAUGGGAAGUGCAUUCCGGACUGGUGGCGGUGUAACUCCAUGGAUGAGUGUGGGGACAAUUCGGACGAGGAGCUGUGUGUGGACUCGCCGUUCUCCUUCCAGCCCUGCAGCCUGAACCAGUUCCCCUGUUUGUCCCGUUACACCCGGAUCUACACCUGCCUGCCCCACAGCCUGCGCUGCGACGGCAGCAUCGACUGCCAGGACCUUGGUGAUGAGAUCGACUGUGAUGUUCCCACCUGUGGGGAACGGUUGAGAAACUUUUAUGGUUCCUUCAACUCCCCAAACUACCCCGACUUUUACCCUCCUGGAAGCAACUGCACCUGGCUGAUUGACACCGGUGACCACCGGAAGGUCAUCCUGAGGUUCACCGACUUCAAACUGGACGGGACGGGUUACGGGGACUAUGUAAAAGUGUACGACGGUCUGGAGGAGAACCCUCGCCGUCUCCUCCGAGUGCUGACUGCCUUCGACUCCAGAGCGCCGGUCGCCGUGGUUUCAUCAUCGGGUCAGCUCAGAGUUCACUUCUACGCUGACAAAAUCAACGCCGCCAGAGGGUUUAACGUCACCUAUCAGGUGGAUGGGUUCUGUCUGCCCUGGGAGGUUCCCUGCGGGGGGAACUGGGGCUGUUACACCGAGCAGCAGCGUUGCGACGGCUACUGGCACUGUCCCAACGGUCGGGAUGAGCUGAACUGCUCCUCGUGCCAGGAGGACGAGUUCCCCUGUUCCAGAAACGGCGCCUGCUACCCUCGAUCAGACCGCUGCAACUACCAGAACCGCUGCCCCAACGGCUCUGACGAAAAGAACUGCUUCUUCUGCCAACCGGGAAACUUCCACUGCAAGAACAACCGCUGUGUGUUCGAGUCGUGGGUGUGUGACGCGCAGGACGACUGCGGCGACGGCAGCGAUGAGGAGAGCUGCCCCGUCAUCGUUCCCACCAGAGUCAUCACGGCCGCCGUCAUCGGCAGCCUGAUCUGUGGCCUCCUGCUGGUCAUCGCUCUCGGCUGCACCUGCAAACUCUACUCUUUGCGCAUGUUUGAACGCAGGUCGUUCGAGACUCAGCUGUCCAGAGUGGAGGCAGAGCUACUGAGAAGGGAGGCCCCCCCUUCCUACGGGCAGCUGAUUGCGCAAGGACUGAUCCCACCGGUGGAGGAUUUCCCAGUGUGUUCUGGAAGCCAGGCAUCUGUCCUGGAAAACCUCCGCCUGGCCGUGCGGUCUCAGCUCGGCUUCACCUCCCUCAGGCUCCCCUCUUCUGGUCGUCAUAGCAACCUGUGGCGCAGACUUUUCACCUUCUCGCGAUCUCGCAGGUCCGGUUCUUUGGCCCUGGUUUCCGCCGACCUGGAGGACAGCACCGGCACUGGGAGCACUGGGAGCUCUGGCUCAGACCUUCUGUCUCCAGACUCGGAUGACACGGACACGGAGAGUGAGCGGGGCCGGGAGCGAGGCAUGGGGGCAGUGGGCGGGCCGGUCGCCCCCCUCCCCCAUAAAACACCCCCGCCUGCUGCCGUGGAGGCCGUGGUAUCCGUGGCAGCAUCUGCUGCCCCCGUGACCCCCGCGCCGACCCGAGACAGAGACCGCGAGCGGCCCAGAGAAGCUCCGCCCCCCUCCAGCCCCGUCACCGUGGUGACUUCCAGUCAAGAUCCCGAGUCUCACAGCGAGUCCUCAGAGCUCCAGGCCCCUUCCACCUCCGCCCUGCAGCGCCUAGCCCAGAAUCUGCACCGCCUCGCCAGGAACCUGACCAGAACCAGUCAGAACCAGCAAAACCAGACUUGGACCAAUCACAGCCCGCUCCGCCAGCUGGAGACAGGAAGGGGUGGCGCCGAGGAAACCGAGCGGCGAGGGAGCCGAGAGGAAGAGGAAGAUGUGGAGCUCCUCAUCCCUGUGUCCGACUCGGACUCCUCCUCAUCUUCCUCCUCAUUGGCUAGUGAUGUGCGGCAGCCUCUGCUAGAGCCACACCCCUCCUCCACCACAGGCCACGUCCCCCACAAUCACCGUUUACACAGUGGCCGAGGGGGGCGAGACGGGACUUGUGAACAUUGUAGGAUGGUCCACACGGCUCAGAUCCCUGACGCCUGCCUUGAGGCUACGGGCAAGACUGAGAGCAGCGACGAUGAGCUGUUGUUGCUGUGCUAACAAGCUAACCUGCCAGCUAACAUGCUAACUUACAGGCUGACACACUAACUUUUUGAGACUUUGUUUUUCAUGUAGCUGCAAAACUGACCAGCUAACAGGACAACCCUCCAUGCCAACACACUAUUUAACAAACAGAUUAAUACUACCUUAUUGCCAACCACUGCUGGCUAACAAGCUAGCCAGAUAAAUUGCACCCUGGGCUUUCUUUUGCUUGACUUACAACUGCUGGUGAAAUGUGAGCAUCAUGCUAACAGAUAGAUGUUACAUUGUGGCUGACAUACUAACACCUGCCGUACAUUUUUUUAACAUGCUAACUUAACAACGUACACCACAUGACAAUUGACUAAAGUCUACAAUUUGUUAGCAUGUUAGCUGGAGUAAAGGCCAUUUCUCAAUGAUGUCGGUGAUAAAGAAAUAAUCACCGAUUGGGCUAUUAUCGGUACGACCAAGAAAACUGUCUGUUGUUCCACUGGUCCGUCCCUUUAUCCCCCCCCCCUUAAGCAGAUUUUAUGCUUAUUGGUACGACUCUAAACAGAGUCCACACAAAAUGGACCGAUGGCACUGCGUAAAUGGAACGUAAAAACUAUAAAGGGAACCAUCUCACCAUUGGAUUUGUGGAGGCACCUGAUCAGGUCCCCCCCCCCCCCUUGUGUAAUGGAAAGAUGAGGGUCAUGUGACCAGGAGAGGUAGCCAAAGAUGGCUUUGAGCAGAAGGAUUUUUGCUAACCAGUGAGGCCACUUGACGCAUACCAGGUACCGAUACUGGACCGGCCACCUCAGGGCUCUGCACUGACAACAGCUGCCAGCCAGGAGAUGUGGUCAUUAGACUAACUUGUUGCUGAAUUUAAAGGUACACUCAUUUCCCCGUGGUUUUUUAAAACAUCCAGUUCAGAGUGGUAUUUACGUCUGUAUUAAGGAAGAAAAUUCCACUGAUGGAGAAAAUAAUUAUCGUGUUGAUCAGGAGACUAAAUGUUUACUUUGUCUCAUCUCCUGUGUUGGCACACAGUUACACUUUUGAUUGUGUAUCACUUACAAGCACAACACUACAGCCAUCAUAUCAGUGGGCGUUUUAUACGUAAGUAUCUAUAUAUAUAUAUAUAUAUAUAUA